AACUCUCUCUUACGCCAUGCCUUCUAACAUGAAUUAUGAGCAAACUAAAACCUUCUCUCUUCAACUCCUUAAAACCACCGCCACCACCUCACCCUACGACCACGAAGUCAUUCAACGCUGUCAUCAACUGUCUCUCAUCCCAAGGCUCCCACCGUGAAGUUCUUCUCACUUACUCCUCUAUGCUCAGUACCAACACCCCUCCAGACGCUUUUACCUUCCCUAGUCUGCUCAAAGCCUGCACCUUUCUAGACCUAUUGUCGCAUGGCUUCUCGCUCCAUCAACGUGUCAUUGUUAAUGGGUAUUCUUCGGACGCUUAUAUUGCGUCUUCUUUGAUUAAUUUCUAUGCUAAAUUCGGAUUCACAAGCACUGCUCACAAAGUUUUUGACGUGAUGCCCGAAAGAAAUGUUGUUCCUUGGACUGCGGUCAUUGGAUGUUAUUCGCGCAUGGGUGAUGUUUGUACAGCGUUUUCGAUGUAUAAUGAGAUGCGGGGCCAAGGAAUUCAGCCCACUUCGGUUACAUUGUUAACCAUGCUCUCUGGAGCUCCUGAGCUUACCCAUUUGCAGUGUUUGCAUAGUUGUGCAGUUUUGUACGGUUUUGAGUCUGAUAUAGCUUUGGCGAAUUCUAUAUUAAACGUGUAUGGUAAAUGCGGAAGCGUUGAGGAUGCUAAGGAGUUUUUUGAAUUUAUGGAUAGCAGGGACAUAGUUUCGUGGAAUUCUUUGAUUUCGGGCUAUGCCCAGAUAGGAAAUAUUAGAGAAGUUUUUCAUAAUUUAGACAGAAUGCGAAUUGAAGGUAUGGAACCUGACCAGUUGACAUUCGGGCCUCUGCUGUCUGUGACUGCAACACAAAGCAAUCUUAAAUUGGGGAAGAUGGUGCAUGGUAAGAUUUUGAGAGCUGGAUUCUACUUGGAUGCACAUGUGGAAACAUCACUUGUGGUCAUGUAUUUAAAAUGUGGUAAUAUCGACAUUGCAUUUAAGAUAUUUGAGCAGAUCCCAAGUAGGGAUGUAGUGUUGUGGACAGCAAUGAUCUCAGGGCUUGUGCAAAAUGAAUGUGCGGACGAGGCACUUAAAGUUUUCUGUCAGAUGUUAAAAUCAAGAGUGGAGCCAUCUACUGCUACGAUAGCUAGUGCUCUUGCAGCUUGUGCGCAAUUGGGUUCUUUUGAUCUGGGCACCUCAGUUCAUGGUUUCAUAUUAAGGCAAGGAAUGACAUUAGACAUCCCUGCUCAAAAUUCUCUUGUAACUAUGUAUGCCAAGUGUGGUCAUUUGGAUCAAAGUUGUGCAGUGUUUGAUAGAAUGGCCAGAAGAGAUUUGGUUUCUUGGAAUGCAAUAGUUGCUGGUUAUGCACAAAAUGGCCUUGUGUGCAAAGCCUUGAUCCUCUUCGGUCGAAUGAGGACAGCCCUCCAAAGACCUGAUUCAGUUACGGUUGUCUCCCUUCUCCAAGGCUGUGCUUCAAUUGGGGCACUCCAUGAGGGUAAGCGGAUCCACAACUUUGUAAUUAGAAGUUGCCUUACACCGUGUAUCUUGGUCGACACAGCUUUGGUUGACAUGUACUCUAAAUGUGGUUACCUAGAUACCGCCCAGAAGUGUUUUGACGGGAUGUCACAGCAAGAUCUUGUCACAUGGAGCACAAUAAUUGCAGGAUAUGGUAGUCAUGGCAAAGGGGAGACUGCUUUGAGGAUGUAUUCAGAGUUUAUACGCACAGGAAUUGAACCAAACCAUGUCAUUUUCCUUUCAGUUCUCUCGGCCUGUAGUCAUAAUGGGCUUGUUCACCAGGGCUUGAGCAUAUUCCAGUCUAUGACAGAUGAUUUUGGCAUUGCACCAAACCUUGAACACCGUGCUUGCAUUGUUGAUCUCCUCAGUCGUGCUGGAAGGGUGGAGGAGGCAUAUAACUAUUAUAAGAGGUUGUUUCCAGAACCAUCAGUGGACGUUUUAGGCAUACUCCUUGAUGCUUGUCGGGCCAAUGGCAAGGAUGAAAUUGGUGACAUAAUUGCCAGAGAUGUUCUCAUGUUGAGGCCUGUAAAUGCUGGAAACUAUGUGCAACUGGCACACAGCUAUGCUUCGAUGAAUAGAUGGGAUGGGGUGGGUGAGGUGUGGACCCAAAUGAGGUCUCUCGGCUUGAAGAAACUCCCUGGAUGGAGUUUUAUUGAACUAUACGGGAUCAUUACAACCUUUUUUUCAGAUCACAAUUCACAUCCCCAAUCUGAAGACAUAGUCUCAAUACUGGGAACUCUUAGCUGGGAAAUGAGAAAAAUGGGCACAAACGAUAAGACAGGUCAGACGCAUGAUAUAUCCUGAAGAUGUUGGUAAGAGAAGCCAAGCUUCUUAAAGAAAACCCUCUCAGCCAAUGUGUGUGUUUGGAGCUGGGAUGCCUGUUGUGUCACCGGAUAAGGAACCUGGAAUCUUAUUUUUACUGAAAAAUGCCUGUGAAGUUGAAGGGCACAGGUAAAUCAGGAUUUGACUCGAUCUUAAAGCUUAUAGGAGUUGCCGUUGAGCUAUGUGGGAAUGUUGCGAGUCCAUUAUAGAUACACAGUUCUGCAAGAAGAAAGUCCAGCUACGAUUACUCGAGCAUUUGAUACCUGGAAAGCUAUAAUCAUUUUAUGGCAAUACCCACGAGGUGAUCAGGGUAUGCCCAUGAUGUGCCUCCUUAUUUAUGCUGCUUAGCUAAAGACCUUCUAUUCUUUUAACAACUUCAGUUUUCUUCCCCCUAUUUCAUAUGGUCCCUUGAUUCAAAGUUGAAUUAUUUGAACUAACAGUAAUAUCUCAACUUCACUUAAA